UGGGGGCUGUAGUCUUGGUGCUCCUCUCCCCAUUGCAGAUGUGGAUAGACUUGUAGGGUUGUGUUUCGAUGUCUUGAGUAAAGCCGUGGGCGUCCGGGCACUUGUUCAUCAGUGUAGGCUCUUUCCGCCUGAAAAGCGAGGCUUCGAUCCAGAUAUUAGCAGGGGUGAGACAGGCCUCACUGGAGUGCAGCCACGAGUGCCGAUUCCUGCCGUGCGUGGGCCGGCGGAGCUUCCUGGGGGUGCAGCCCCAACUCCCCCCCCCCACCCGGGAGGUGGCUCCAUGCUGCCGGGAGCCGCCGCCGCCGCCUCCUCCCGCCCCUCAGCAAGAGGCAGGACGAGGAGGUGGCGUCCCCCGGGGGUCCCGCCUGCGGCCUGAGAGGGGCCCCAGUGGAGUGCAGCCACCACGCUGUGCGGGAGGAGGAUGGCGAACCAGCUGGUGAUCCUCAAUGUCUACGACAUGUACUGGAUGAAUGAAUACACCUCUUCUCUUGGAAUUGGAGUAUUCCAUUCAGGAAUAGAAAUAUAUGGCAGAGAAUUUGCUUAUGGCGGCCAUCCAUAUCCCUUUUCUGGAAUAUUUGAAAUUUCUCCAGGAAAUGCAUCUGAACUAGGAGAAACAUUUAAAUUUAAAGAAGCUGUUGUACUUGGAAGUACUGACUUCAUGGAGGAGGAUAUAGAAAAAAUUAUAGAAGAGCUUGGAAAAGAAUUUAAAGGAAAUGCCUAUCACUUAAUGCACAAAAACUGCAAUCACUUUUCUUCAGCUUUAUCAGAGAUUCUCUGUGGAAAAGAGAUUCCUCGUUGGGUGAACCGCCUUGCUUACUUCAGCUCCUGUAUCCCAUUUCUCCAAACCUGCCUACCAAAAGAAUGGCUUACACCUGCAGCACUUCAGUCUAGUGUAAGUCAAGAGCUUCAGGAAGAACUCGAAGAAGCAGAAGAUGCUGUGGCAUCCUCUUCCCUGUCAGCAUCAGCAUCAAGAACUGGGCAUCACUAAAAAAUAUAAGUACAGGCCAGACUACUCUUAAACAGAGGUCUUUGGAAGACUUGUCAGUAACUGACUUCAUUAACAGAAUUUUUGCUCAUUUGGAUAUUUCUUUGGUAUGCAAUUAGCUCUCCAAUUCAUGUCCUUGGUGUCUUCUGCUCAGGAUUUUAUAUGUAGUGAAAAGUUUCUGGGAGAAAUGGGAAUUUGAGGUGGAGCCUGCUAUCUUUCAUCUGAUCCAAUAGCCUUGGACUUACUGAACUGUUUACAGUAUUGUGUGCUGCUGUUUACAAGUCCCACAGGGACAUCUGCCAUUGAAAGACAAUGUCUUAAAUAGCUCAAUUGGACCUGCAUAACUUAAACAGCAUCUCUGCCAACUGCUGCUGAAAAUGAAGCAGGGAUUGUUAAAUACUAUGUGUAAACAGGGUACAUACUGAUCAAUGUAAAGAAAUCUGUUUUAGGAAGAAGGAGGUUACUUUGGUAUAUAACUGAGAAUACAUUGUUCUUUAAAAUAUUACUGUCAGUUAAAUCAUGGAUUUUAACCACUUAUGAAGUGCAAAUUAAUAUUUUACUACAAAGCCUGUUGGAUUCAGUUGGAUUUCAACCUCAUAAGUUAUUUUUUGUAUUUUGUUGUGUUUUGGCUUAUUUUCCUGCAUCAUGUUUUGUCUGGUUCAGAUUUGAAAAAAAGAAUAUUAUGAAUUUUGCAGCUUUUUAACUGAGUCCUAAGCAGUGCCUCUUUCACAUAAUUUCACAUAAGUGGAGCUGUAGGAUACAGAUGGAACACAUAGUUGAUUUGUUAGCAUUUUCCUGUAACGUUAGGCAACAUCAUUUAGAUAGCAUUAUUUGGCCUAUGGUUCUGCAACCAGUUUUACCAGAUGUAAAUUGCUGUUUAUUAGAAUGAUCUCUUCCUAGAAACAUGGAGGAAAAUGCUGUUGUGAUUUUUUUAAAAUAGAGCUAGUUUUCUCAGCAGCAUGAAAUAUGAAAGCUUAUUUGAACUGAUUGUGUUAAACAGAGGAGCCCUUAAGUGUUGUAGAUAAGUUAUCCACAUAUGUGCUACCUUCUUAAUCAUUCUAAUCUAAUAGCACAUGCAAGAUCUAAUUAUACUUAAUUAUACUAAUCUACUGGUACAGUAUACUCUAUAACUAUAAAAAUUCAGUAAAAUUAUAAAGUAAAAAUUAAGUAAAACUAUCAAGGGGAAUUUCGCCUGUUUAGUGGCUUUCCCAUGGAAGUUUUGUGUGUACACUGCAGUGGUGACACUCAAUUGGAAUGGUUGUUAGAUUUUCAUUAUGUAUACUGCCUUAAGGAUUUUCCAAUUAAACAGAAAAAAUAUAUUAGCUGGAGGCAAUAAUGUAUAAAAUGAUCUGGAAGUCCACAGAAACCUUCAUUGGUGAAGAAAAUAUAAACUUUGCAUGUGCUAUUUAUGUUGCUGGGUUUGCUGAUGAACAUUUAAACUGGAUAGCUUUGGUACAGAUGUCAGAAAGGACAAGUUUGGAAAAGUUAGGGCUGAUGAGAUGAUGUUGUAUAACAUGUAUUGUAUUUUACAAAUGCAAAUCCAUAGACAACAAAAACAUUAAUGUGGCUUUCAGUUAGUAUUGUAUUAUCCACAUUUUCAACUGCUUCAAUUUAUGUACGUUUACCUUGGGGCCAAUUUAGUCCUCAUGUUUUUGUUGACAGACACUCUGGGAGUUCCAUGCUAAGAACUUUAUUCCUAGGUAUACAUUCCUGACUCAUCAGGACCAUGAAGAGAGUGAGCAUGUGUUUCUCUGUCUCCCCGCCCCGCAGGAUUUUUCCUGAUCUGAAAUGACCAUGGUGUAGUGCAAUUUGCCCCAUUAGCAAAACUUAUGUGCAGCCCAUUAGCACACUUAAGUUUCCUCAACAGGGCAAAUAGAGGCUCUACGAGGCCAUUUCAGGUCAGGAUAUCAGUAUGGAGCAAAUGUGAGACAUACGCCUCCUUAUCCCCAUAUGCCACUGUCUCUAACUAAUUCAAACCCACAGAUACAAUUAAAUUCCCAGCAUGGAAGUCCCAGCAAAAGUCUGGUAAACAGGACUGGAGUCCUCAGCCCUCAGACUUUGUAAUGUGUCAAUUGGCCCCUUAGGCUGCUUUUUAAGGCAUACUUGAGGUUGUGGUGGAAAGUUCUGUCAGGUCACAGUCAAUUUGUUGUGACCACUUGCUUUUUAAGACAAAAGGCAAACAAAGAUGAUUUGCAUUACCUGCCUCUGUUUAGGAGCCUUGGAUUUCCUUGAUGGUCUAUCUCACAUCCAAAUACUAUCCAAGGCCAUUCAUGCUUAGCUUCCAAGAUCUGAUGACAUCACAUUAGCCUGGGCUAUCUAGGUUAGGGCAAACUUGAAGUAAAGCUGCUUUAUUACAUAGAAUACUCAUCCUGUUAAAAGUGAAAUAAUUUUUCAAAAUGUAAUGUGUUGAGAGUGUUUAGAAUUGCCCUGACCCGGAGAUCACAUCAGAUCUUAGAAGCUAAGCGGGGUCAACUCUGGUUACUACUUGGACCUCCUUGGAGAUUUUUUUGGAAUACCUGUAGUUGAGAGGGCAGGGACAGACUUUAUCCAGCCAUCUCUCCGAAUAUCCUCAAGGUUCCCAGUAGGGGUCAGUCACCAGAGGUUGACAAGACUUCCAAGUGCAGAUACACAUUAAAAAAUAUAAAAAAUACCCCCCCAAAAGAGCAUUCAAUUUAGCAAGAAACAAAAUUGUCCUAACUAUGCCGUCUUGCUGUAAUUGAACCUUACUUUGUAAUUAUUUAGCACAAUCUGAUACUCAAAGUUGUUUUACAUGCUUUGGGUUAGAUUUCAAAAGAGCCACAAUAGGUCAAGGUUGUAGAAGGGAUUUUUGCUGAUUGCUCCCUCUUCAGAAUUUAGCUUCCUGGGCAUGUCAACAAGCCACUCUUGAGUUGGGUAUGCAGGAAAAGUGUGGGAUGGCUGCAGCCAGAAGAGGGAAUCAGCAGAAAUCAUCCCUCAGCCUUUUGCACAAGCUCUUCCAUUACUUAAACAAGAGGUGGGAGAGGGGCAAAUUUCUACCAUUUCCUCUUUGAGCUGCAGCCCUCCAUUUUGCAUCCCAUGCUGUUCCUAAGGUUGGCCUAACUCUUUAGAAGUGUUUUUUCAACGUGCUAAAGCCUGCAGUAUGAAGAAGAAAUCAGCAAAAAUCCUUUAUGCAAUUACUCCAUGGUAGUUUAGGAGCCAACUUUUCUUAAAUUAACUAUCUGAACUGGAAUUUUGGAAAUUCUAUCCAUCUCCCGCACUAAGUGUUAUAAAGUAACAACUAGUAGCAAGACAAAGGACAUGUUUUUCUCUACUAUAGCUGAGAUGGAAAUAGUAUUUUGUAGUUUAGAUUUGAAGCUGUUGAUGAAAUUCAAAUUCUAGCUCUGGGUCAAUCUCCUCAUUUCUCUGUGAUGCACAUAGCUGUUCCGCAUAAAAUCCAAUAUGGAAUUUUCCUCCCACCAGUAAAUAGGGAGUCCUUAUGUGGUGCUUAAUGGAGCGAGCUGGAUUAGAGUGAUGUUGAAGAUUCUCCUAAUAUUUCAGACAAGCUAUUAUGAAGUAACUUAAUCUUCCAUCAAAUUUCUAAGAAAGAAUAGAUUUUGUUCUGGUUAUCCUACAGCACUAUGCCAUACACAUAUACUGUUUCAUAAAAUGAACAGCUAUGGCAUGUAAGAAGUGCAAGGACAUGCACAGCAAAUAAAAGCUGUUUUUAAUAACUUGAUGUAUCUUACAUUUGCCUUUCCAAAUAUUUCUUUUAAUUCAUUUAUUUCAUCCAUGAACAAGCUUGACAUCUGAACCCUGAAGUUGAUACCACAUUUAAGUAGUGAUGGUAGUUUGUACCUUACCACAUGUGCUAUAUACUCUUCACUUAAUUCCUUAAAACAAAAAAGCAACCCUGUCAAAGGCUGCUUUUGUAUAUUAGCAAUAGUUCCAGUUACCUUUCACCAGCAUUACAACACAGCAGGGAGCACUCUUGUCUACAAUGGCCAUACUUUGUGUUAAAAACUAGAACACUCCUGUUAGCUAAGAGAAUACUGGAUAUCUGUGGAGUUUUUCCAGCCAAAACGGGUAGAAGAAAUAAGUUCAGGGUUCAGUUUCUAAUACUUGAGUUUUU